GCAGGGAGGGAGGGAGGGAGGGGGCGAUUGGGGCGAUUGGGAUGAUUGGGAUGUGUCCCAUCUCUCGAGUCUUGCGAUUGUCCAGCGGGUGCAUGUGUAGCUGAAGAAGCUGGAGAAGCAGCGUCUGCAUGUGCAAUGUGCAUUCUCGGUGUGCUGGGUAUUUCGAUGCACUGCACACUGCACCACAACGUUCGUUCGAUCGAGUCCUAUCCGACUGUCGCCAAAUCGUGCCUAUAUCGUACACGCCUACCCUUGCUCUGCAGAGUACUCUACAUAGCAUAAUCAGAGAGACGAGCAAUCCUGUGUUCCCGGCAAUCUUGGCGGGCGGCACAGAGAUCCCGUUCUGCCUAUUGCUUCUUCUUCUUCUUUUCUUCUUUAGUUUUCUUUUUGAGAGAGAGGAAACUCACGUGGACGUCAACCGAAAGAAGAAGAAGAAAACAACUGUGCAAGUUACAUAUUCGCUCUCGCUCUGGGCCCUGUGGAGUUUGUGGACUGGUACGGCGCAUGCAUGCAUACUGGCGAGGCCCAAUCCGUUAUGCAUGGUCAGCCUCGUUCCGUCAACUCAAGUUACUCAACACGAAAGCUGAUUCCCGAACGACCGCUUGGAAGCCGGGGCCGAGACUUGUGACUGACUGACUUUUGUACACUUACCUGGGCUACAUUCAGUACUCUGCAUAGUUGUCGUGCACAAUCAAUCCGUAUCCGUAUCCGAGUGCCUGCGCCUGUGCUUGAAAGUUGACCGCCACCUCUCUUCCAUACAUUGGAUGUAGAGUAAUUCCAUGUUUGCUUUUGGGUUUUCAUGCUACAUACACCAGCAAGAACAAGCGAUAGGUUGCAUGUCCACAUCCAGCUCGCGAGAUGCAACAGAUGGCCGCUUCCAGCGCACGGCCUGGUCGUGGUCGUGGUCGUGGUCGUGGUCGUGGUCGUGGUCGUGGUCGUGGUCGUGGUCGUGGUC